AUGGCCCUCACAGAGCCGCAGAUUGAUAUUAUCGCGAAAUUGCCGCUCAAUGACCCGCUGACCACGGUCGGGACAAAUUGCGCGAAAGAGAAAACGGAAAAUUCUCUCGAUCUUGGAUUCAACAUGUACAAUCCAUCAGGGAAGUAUCAAGAAGAUGUGAGGUACGAGAAUGGCAAAGCGCUCGGAUAUGAGCGUGAAGAUAUGGACGAGGAUAAGAAUGUCAAUAAGUAUGAACAUGAGCAUAAACAUGGAGAAGGAAAUGAGACUAAGAGUAAGGACGAGGAUGAAGAACAUUUUGGCUUUUACGGGGAUUAG